UUUACAAUUCCAACUUUCAUUUCAUUCAUUGUCGUGUGUUUUUGACCGGAGCCGGACAUAUUUAUUUUAGUUUUAUUAAAAAUAUUUACUUCCGGUUCUAUCCUAGGUGGUGCUGCUGCCGUACGUCAUUUCCAAAUUCCUCCAAUCCUACACGCUCCUUCACGUAUACGACCUCGUUUCGAUCACCAUCAAAUUCCCAAAACACAGGUGCUAUUUCUUUCUCUCAAUUUUCCUCUCAAAAUCUUCCAAUAUUCAAUCCGAAACUCUCAUUCCCAUCAUGAUCAUGUCAAUGGCAGCUUCUGCAGACUCAUGGGUGAAGGAAUACAAUGAAGCAGUAAAACUUGCCGAUGAUAUCAAUGGCAUGAUUUCUGAACGUAGUUCAUUGCCUGCAACAGGACCAGAUGCUCAGCGUCAUGCAUCUUCUAUACGGAGGAAGAUCACAAUAUUAGGGACUAGACUUGAUAGCUUACAGUCCCUUUUGUCAAAGAUUCCUGGAAAGCAGCCCAUAACGGAGAAAGAGAUGAAUCGUCGCAAGGACAAUCUUGCAAAUUUGAGAUCAAAAGUUAACCAGAUGGCUUCAACAUUAAACAUGUCAAAUUUUGCUAACAGAGACAGCUUGAUUGGCCCAGAAAUAAAGCCAGCUGAUGCUGUGAGCAGAACAGUUGGCUUGGACAACUCUGGCCUUGUCGGGCUUCAACGACAAGUUAUGAAAGAGCAAGAUGAGGAUCUUGAGAAGUUGGAGGUGACUGUAGUAAGUACAAAACAUAUUGCAUUGGCAGUCAACGAAGAACUUGACCUUCACACUAGGCUGAUUGAUGACUUGGACCAACAUGUGGAUGUUACAGACUCCAGGUUACGGCGGGUGCAAAAGAAUUUGGCUAUUUUGAACAAGCGCACCAAAGGUGGCUGCUCUUGCAUGUGCCUGCUUUUGUCAGUUAUUGGGAUCGUGGUUCUGGUUGCUGUCAUAUACUUAUUGAUCAAAUAUUUGUAAUAACAACAAUGGCAAUCACUGCUUUCUUUUUGUAUUAUGUGGUUCUUGGUGUGAAUUGGCUUUUGUUGCUCCUGUCAUGGUUGUUAACAAUAUUUGGCUUCCGUGUUUUCCUUUGGUGAUUUUUUGUUUGCGAAAUGCAAUUGGUGAGGUGUUAAGAUGCUUUUGUAAAUCGCAUUUGUAAUCGGCCUAUUUGUAUAUUUAUCUUUUCUUGCCUAUUUUGCACAAUGAGGAAAGAAAGAAGCAUUUAUCAUGCUACUAUAUCCAUUGGCGAA